CCUUUAAGGCCGGCCCCGCGCGCACUGAAAGGCGCCCGCCGCCGCCGCCCCGCUCCACUGCGCCGCCGCUGCCGCCGGUCCCGCCGCCCCUCGCCGCAGCAGCACCCGCCGCCGGUCCCGCCGCCCCUCGCCGCAGCAGCGCCCGCCGCCCUUCGCCGCCAUGCCUAUGUUCACCAUCUACACCAACGUGUGCAGGGACGCCGUGCCCGAGAGCCUGCUGGGCGAGCUCACCCAGCAGCUGGCCAAGGCCACGGGCAAGCCCGCGCAGUAUAUAGCCGUGCACAUCAUACCUGAUCAAAUGAUGUCCUUCGGGGGCUCCACUGAUCCCUGCGCUCUCUGCAGUCUCUACAGCAUUGGCAAAAUAGGAGGGCAGCAAAACAAGACUUAUACCAAGCUCCUGUGUGAUCUGAUCUCCAAGCACUUGCAUGUAUCUGCAGACAGGGUGUACAUCAACUACUUUGACAUGAACGCUGCCAACGUGGGCUGGAAUGGUUCCACCUUUGCGUAGAGCUCUCACAUCUGACCAAAGAGGAUAUUCCUGGACCUACCCUUCUCCUGCCAGUUAGCAGAGACCUCUGCACAAGUGGCCCCGUGUUGCAUUUUGUGCACUCUCACAGAUUGAUGGCUCCUUGCUAGUGUGUUCACAUAUUGCUGCUUCAACAUUCCUCUGUUUUCUCUAUGUAGAAAACAAAUAAAGAUUUAGAAGGAA